AUGACGGCACGUGUAAAUUGUGUUGAAACGUUAUGUGCUUUGUUAUUAAAGAAUUACGCAGUUUGUCAUUUAGCGGCUGAGGUUUGUAAAUUCGGGGAAAUCCACACAGAUUAUUUGUUUGAGUGUAUGAAAUGUGAAUCAGUUUACAAAUAUAACACUGUGAUAUACAAUGGGUCUAAUUUUGAUUUCAUACUACCAGGAAUUGGUAACGCCAAAUACGACUCUGUUAUUUGGUACUAUAAAAAACCACACGCGUCUCAGCUGGACGUGAUAGGAUACUGGCUCAACGGUGAAACAGAAAUAAACAAACCAUUCCAUGAUAAAGUAGAAGUCCGUAAUCAAGGUCAACAUAAUAUGACCUUACACGUUGAAGAAUUGGAGUCGUAUGAUACCGGAAUUUAUGAGCAAGCCGUGGUCCUAGCUAAUUCCACGGAAAGAAAAAUCAAAAAACAUUUAGCUGUCCCAUAUAAAGUUUGGAGAUUUUGUUCAGAUAUAGAUUCGGUUAAAUUACAGGAUAUACCUCCUUUAGAAAAUAAAACAGUAAUAGAACAGUUUUUAAAAGUUUAUUCAGAUAAUUUUAGUUAUAGUUCAAAACCUUGUGAUGAUACAAAAAUUACCAGUGGUCUGUGGGUGUUAGCAGAAUUUCUAAAUGGAAACGUGUCCUGUCUGUCAUCUAAAUCUAAAGUCACAUGUACAGAUGGCACAGCUGAUCAUUUGAUAAAUAGAAACAGAGAAAACACAUACUCUAUAGUUUUAAUGACACUAGUAUUAGUUAGUGAGUUUCUGGUGAAAAUAUGUUUAUAA